GCAGAAGGGCUCAUCAUGAAGAAACACUCGGCCAGAGUAGCCCCUCUUAGCGCUUGCAACAGUCCGGUUCUUACUCUCACCAAAGUGGAAGGGGAUGAGCACUCCCAUGAUUGCACAACACCAGCAGAAGCUCAGACACAAGCUGGGAUGGAAGCUGGCGGAAGAGGGAGCCGAUGUUGCCAAACAUGCUCUGUGAUCCAGCUUAAGAAAAUUUUCUGGGGAGUAAUGGUGGUACUUGGUGUCUGCUCUUCCUGGUCAGGUUCAACCCAGCUAGCAAAACUGACCUUUAAAAAAUUUGAUGCACCUUUCACUUUGACAUGGUUUGCAACAAACUGGAACUUUUUAUUCUUUCCUUUGUAUUACAUUGGACAUGUUUGUAAGUCAGCUGAAAAACAAUCUCCCCAACAAAGAUACGGGGAGUGUUGUCGAUUUUUUGGAGACAACGGCUUGACGCUGAAGGCAUUUUUUACCAAGGCAGCACCUUUUGGAGUUCUUUGGACACUCACAAACUACCUAUACUUACAUGCAAUAAAAAAAAUAAACACUACGGAUGUCUCCGUAUUGUUCUGCUGCAACAAAGCUUUUGUGUUCUUGCUUUCAUGGAUUGUUCUCAGGGACCGAUUCAUGGGAGUGAGGAUUGUCGCUGCUAUACUUGCUAUUGCAGGAAUAGUUAUGAUGACUUACGCAGAUGGAUUCCACAGUCAUUCAGUUAUCGGAAUAGCACUUGUUGUGGGAUCUGCCUCAAUGUCAGCUCUUUACAAGGUUUUAUUUAAGCUUCUCUUGGGCAGUGCUAAAUAUGGAGAAGCUGCCUUAUUUUUGUCAGUGUUAGCUGUUUUCAAUAUCCUUUUUGUUACCUGUAUUCCUGUCAUCCUUUACUUUACCAAAGUUGAAUACUGGAGUUCUUUUGAUGCCAUUCCUUGGGGAAGCAUUUGUGGAUUUUCAGUCCUAUUAUUGACAUUCAAUAUUUUAUUAAAUUUUGGGAUUGCUAUUACAUAUCCUACCUUGAUAUCUCUUGGGAUUGUACUAAGUGUACCUGUAAAUGCUAUUGUUGAUCACUACUCGAGUGAUAUUGUCUUCAACAGUGUUCGUGUAAUUGCCAUUGUCAUAAUUGGCUUGGGCUUCCUCCUGCUGCUUCUACCAGAGGAGUGGGAUGAGUGGUUAAUAAAACUCCUUACCCGCCUCAAAGUACGAAAGAAGGAAGAGAUUCCAGAGGGAAAUGGAGACAUUGUUUCAGGAUUGCAAAAUAAAAGUAGAAGAACGCGCCCCUCCAUGUCAUCUUUCACACAUUAAUAUUAUUUUAUGAACAUUCUUUA